UUCAGAGUUGCACUUCCACAUCACCAGUGCAUAGAAGUCAAUGACUUCUCAAUGAUCUGAACAUCUUGACUCGUCACCAACAUCUCUACAACCUCUAAAAUCAUGCCAUUGAUGAAGAGCUACUGAGAAUGUUGAGGAGGGUCCUUCUCUCUAGCUCCCUCUACGCCAGAAAAAAAGAGCAUGAAUAUAUCAUAGAUAAGAUAUCAACAAAAGAACAACAUGUUGUAGUUGCCGGUUCGUUGUAUGGGUGUCGCUGUUGAAUUCAUUUUGAUGUGUAUUGAACGAGUUGAACAGUAACGCGUUGCUUGUGCU